GGAGCGCACGCCAACUAGUUACACUCGAAGGAAACUUCGGCUUCGCACUGUUCAUUCUCCUGUCUGGAGCUACCAAUCAGGCGGGGGGAUUUCUGCUAUGAAGCAGUACAUCAAUGGCCUUCGCACUAAGAUUACUACGGCCGGUUAGAGCUUCUCUCUCUGUGACCGCCGCUCCUCUCUUCCCUCUUCCACGAAGCCUGUUUCGUGGACAAUCGAACCCUCUACAAACAUGGAUUAGGGGUCUUGAACCUGUUCUACAGAACCGCGUCUCAAAUAUUCAAUGUAAAUUAAACACACAGGGAAUCUGCAUUUCCCCAGGCAAUAUAUUAAGAAUGGGGAGUCUUAUUUGUGCAUCAGUUGUAAUUGGAUCAAUCAAUGUUCGGCCACGUGUUGCACACGCUAUGGAUGGUCUUGAUAUUUUGGUGGAUGAUCAUAAUGAAAAAAUGCUGGGCACUUCAAACCUGGAAGAAGAUCAGUGUGCAUUUUCGGCAUUCAUAAAGAAAUUUUGGCUGCCUGUUGUUUUCUUGGUAACAGUGUUGAUGAAUUGGGAUCAUCCUAUUGUUCUUGCAGCUAAAGUUAUUCUAAUUCUCCUUGGUACAAAGCCAAGUCCUUUGUCAGUUUACAUUUUUGUUGAACAGUUUCGCAGUCAAGCCAUGCUUCAAGAUCCUCUAUUGCACAAGUUCAAAUCAUUACACGCCAAAAAAGUUGAAGUUGAAGACUAUAAGGUUCUCUGCCUAGCUAGAAUUGAAUUGAGAGAUCAGAAGUUCACUUUGAUUGGAAUUCUGGGCAGUUGGUGGGUUUUGCCUCCAUCUCCACUUCAGGGAGCAUUUUCUGCUCUGAGCAAAGCUCUGAAGAAUUAUUGAGAAACCAAGGUAACCCAACUGUAGUGAAAAUUUGGUGCUAAUCUCAGUUGUAGUUGCCAUGCUCCCUCAAACUCUCUCUCUGGUUGAAGAAUACAUAGUGAUUUUUGUGUUAGUCUUCAGGCUAGUUAGCUAGAGGCUUGUUUUUGUUCUCUCUUUCCUCUUUUUUUUUUUUUUUGUAUCAAUUUAAAAUAAAAAAAAUAUUUUCUGCUGAAUAUCUUACUAGGACAGAAAUAUGUGCUAACAUGUUCGAUUCAGUCCAGCAAAUUAUUUUUGAGCAAUUUGUAUCAGAGACCUCACAUUUUAUGAAAUAAUGAUUUAUCUGGGACCAUGAGUCCACAAUAAAUGAAUUAGUUAAACCUAGAUCAUUUCUUUUCAUUGCUCUUUUAAGUUGAUUGAAAAUUUUCUUGCAGAACUGGUUGCUUUUAUCAAGAGUGCUGCAUUGUUAAUCAAUUCUUGUUAGCAUUCCAGCUGUGCCUCCUUGCUUGAUCUGCUGAUCUUUAAUACUAUGCAUCAUAAAUGAUGCAUCAACCUGUUCCUAUCAUAUUGUUAUGGGUAAACAAUUGAAUUUACUAUAAUGCACAUUGAGGAUGGUGCUUUAGGUUCCAAAAGUACAUGAUUAUGAAAACAAUUUUAGAGAGCUGGAUACAAAAACUUAACUGCGGAUAGGCCAGUCUUCCCUCGACUCAAAUCUUAUUCUAGGCAUACAUUGCCUUUCAUUUUCAAAUUUGGCUUCUGCAAGAACCUUAAUUUUUAUUUUUCAUUUUUCCGCUCCCUUCAGCCAGGUAAAAUUUCUGCAAGAUUCUAUUUCUUAUUAUAGCAACCAUAUUUCUUUAAUUCUGACUGUGUACUGUUGUCGGUCACAUAAGCUCUCUUAAGUGACUCAGUGGAUCUUAGGCAUGGAAGGAAAAUAAUGGACAUAUCUUCCAUUUUAGGAUCUCAACCAAGGAGGUGGUAAUCUUCUUCUCUGAUUGUAUUUGAAUCCCAAGAAGGUCCGCAGAACAUGCCACCCGAUUGUGGGAAGUACAUGGUGGUGAGGGAAAGGGUGCAGACAAUCAUCAUAAGACCCAUGAGAGAUAUUCCUGUCUGUGUUGAGUAUCUAGAGCCUGAAAAUAGAAGAAACUGGGUAAUAACUGCCCCCAUAGUCCCGCCACUCCCUGUCAUGCCUGAUAUUACUCCAAGUGACCUAGUAUUGUUGCCCACAUGGAAAAAAAAAAGGAGAACUUCAGUCAAAUAUUAUCAGGCUAAAAGAAAAAACAUAACAUGAAGUGCACAACAAGAAAGAAUGAAAUAAAAGAGAGAAGCAUUAACCAAGAUCUAAUAGUUGUACUUUCUUCAGAUUUUAUUUGUGAAAAAGGGCAUAAUUUUUACAUAAUCUAAUUAUAGGAUAAAAGGGGUGUCCCCGAGCCAUAAGGCUCCUUGGUUUGCAUGGAUAGGGGCAUGUCGUCAGAGUGUAUUUAGCCUUACCCUUGCUUUUAUGUAGAGAGGUUGUUUCCUUGUACUUGAACAGUUGAACCUGUGACCAACUGGUUAGAAAGGAGCGGCCUUAUUGUUGAUCCAAGGCCUGCCCUCUAUUUAAGUAUAGAAUAUUUAAUUAUUGUAGAAAAAUAGUACUUGGGAUUUGCUAGGACAAUAAAAGGGGGUAGAUAUGAUAGUGCCAGAAAUAAUCCUAAUGUUUUUCUUUGCUUUUACUCCAAUUGACUCUCACUUUAGUCUUUGGCUGCAGCUUGCAGGCAUGGGUCCUUUUCUGUAGAUGUAGUUUUGUACUUGUUACCAAGUAUGCUUCAAAGCAUUCUCAUUUCUUUUGCAGUCCGGUAAUAGUUGAUUAUGCCAUCUAACAUGGUUCAAUCUGCCUUUGUCCAUUCCCCUUCACCUACCUGAUCUGAACUUUUAUGUGAAGCAUUUCAUUGGUUUCUCUGAUAUUUUCUAGUUUGCUUCAAAUCAAACUUACACUUAACUUGAGAUAUUUGUCAUGAUUUUGUGUGUGAAGGAGAAAAUAAAAUAUACAGUGAAUCAAUAAACACAAAUUUGACUUUACAUACCAUUAGCUAUUUAUUUUACUUAAUUAUUGAUAAUAUUUUAAAAAAUAUUUUUUCUUAGUAGUAUCUGAUAGCGACAAAAUACAAUAAAAAAUUGAUUCCCUUCAUAUUUUCUUUUCCUUUUAUUUUUCUUAAACGAAAUCCUUGUUCUAAACUAAGUUAAGAAAAAAAAAGUUUCACAUGACAUGCUUUAGUCUAAUUUUAUUCUAAAAUUUACUGUUUUAUGUUAUAAUUUAUGAGUUGAUUAAUUCUGCCUACUUAUCCUUGAAAAAAAAAAAAUACAAAACUAAACAGAGAUUUUCCUUGUAAAGAAAAACGUUUGCCAGACAGAAUCAUCACACCAGUGGACUGCAAAUCUGAAGCAGGGCAUGAAUUGCUGAUGUAUUUGCAUUCUGAAAUCAUCCCCAGCUAUGGUAUGAUAAUAUAUAUAUAUAUAUAUAUAUAUAAAAUUCGGUUCGUUUGAUUGCGUUGCAUCGCCCCUUUCAAUACAAAAAAGAAAAGAAAAGAAAAGGGAUUUAUCUACUUGGUUUCAUUAUUUGAUGCAUUUUAUGUUGAUCAAAUUGUUUGUAAAUUAAUCAAAUUCUUGUAUUAAGGCCUAUUUAUCUCCUUUCAAUCUACUUGCCAUUGUGUGUAAUAUAUUUUUAUAUAAUUUUAGUAGUUUAAUUUUUUUAUAUGUUUAA